AUGCGCAAAUCUGGCGCAAGACGCCCCUCCCCCCGCGGCGGGGGGAGCAUCCGCGGAACGACGAGCGCGGUUACCGGAAGGCAAACGGGGGAGAGCGGAAGCUCCCCGCGAGAGGGGCCUUCGGAAGGGAUUGUACGCGCGGACGGAGCGGGAGAAGCGGAUGGAACGACGAAAUUAAAUCUUGAUCGUCCAUCUGUGGGAGCAGCUGAGACACACGACCUUCCGCACGACUCCCAGGCUGUGGGCCGUAGCAAGGGCGGUGGCGCGGGAAAAGAGAGUGCGAGAGGUGCAUUUUCGAACGUGAUGCGUAACCGAUGCGCCUUAAAACGGGUGGACGGCAACGCGCCGUCUCAGAGAGCGGCAGGCGAACGACACGUGGCAGCAUGGAAUUCGUCGGGGCUGGCAGCAGCUGGAAUCGAGCAGCACGAGAAGAAAUUGCAACAGGUACUGGAAAAUGCGGUGGAAAGAGAUGUGACUGGACGAGAUGCGGUACAAGGGGUUGAAACAGAGGGAAGAGUAGCAGCAGCGGCAGUGCAGGGCGCAAGGGGGAGCGAACAAGGGGUGGCGGAGGGGGAAGGUGCAGGGGAGAAGUCUGUAGAAGAGGAGGGGUUGGCUGAGGGAGCAGAGGGGGACGAAUCAGGGAAGGAGAGAGUGCGGGGCGACGAGGGUGUGCUUGUCGUGGUUGGGUGUGAUGCGCCCGCCAUUGACUUACAGGAGGAGCAGCAGGCGGAGCAGCAGGAGGAGCAGCAGGAGGAGCAGCAGGAGGAGGAAAAGCAGCAGGAGGAGCAGCAGGAGGAGGAAAAGCAGCAGGAGGAGAAGCAGCAGGAGGGGGAGCAGCCGCAGGAGCAGCAGGCGGGGCGCAUGAGAGAGGACGGAGGAGGCGUGGAGGAUAACAAACAGAACGGGGCCGAGGCAGUGGAAGAGGCGACCAAGGAGGAGGAGGUGGUGAUGGCGAGGGAGGAGGGAGGGAAGGGAGGGGAGAGGGGGGAGGUGGGGGAUUGGAAGCUUCGAGGAGGUGUGGAGGAUGAACAGAACGGAGGCCACGCCGGGGAGGAGGUGAACAAGGAGGAGGAGGAGGUGGCGACAGAGAGCGAGGAGGGAGAGGAGGAGAGGGAGGUGGGAGAAGAGGAGAGGGAGGUGGGAGAGGAGGAGAGGGGGGUGGGAGAGGAGGAGAGGGGGGUGGGAGAGGAGGAGAGGGAGGUGGGAGAGGAGGAGAGGGAGGUGGAGGAGUGGGAGCGGGGAGGAGGAGGGGUGAUCUUGGGAGUGGUGAGGCAGAGCUCCUUUGAUCCAGCCAGGAGGGUCUGCAGGCUCAUUGCCCGGGCGCGAUCACUGAGUGAGUCACCCCUCUAA